AUCGCUACGUCAUGUAACAAUACGGAAGUGAAACUAUCGAGUCUUCAUGGUCUUUACCUGAAACAAACCGAUGGUUCUGUACUGUGCUUGCACGACCACUCUCCUCUCCCGAAAAAGAAAUCAUUUAUCUAGUUUUGCACUGUUGAAAACUAUUAAGCAAAUGAAGAAAUAAGUCUUGCCAUUCAAUUGUCUGGUGGUUUGUUUCCAUAAAGCUCGAGCAGGUGUAUAACAGCAGUAUAUUUAGGCUAGUUAUGCAGUGUUGCUUUAAGAAGGAAGAACAACAGCCGUAAGCUUUAAUUCUGUCUGAAUUUGACGUUAUGGAUCAGUACUCACUGGUGAGAGUCAUUGGCGAAGGAUCUUUUGGUCGAGCUCUUUUGGUUCAGCCAGUAAACGAAGAGAAACAAAAUUAUGUUAUGAAGGAAAUACGACUGCCAAAGGCUGACUCUGGGAUGAGGAACAGCAGAAGAGAAGCUGUGCUUCUGUCCAGAAUGAAGCAUGCAAACAUUGUGGCAUUCAAAGACUCUUUUGAAGCUGAUGGUCAUCUGUACAUUGUGAUGGAGUUCUGCAGUGGUGGAGAUCUUCUUCAAAGGAUACGGCAGCUAAGAUUUUUAAUUAAUAUUGUGUUCCCUGAAGACGUGAUCCUGAAGUGGUUUGGACAGAUGUGUCUAGGCACCAAACACAUUCAUGACAAGAGAGUACUUCACAGGGAUUUAAAAUCAAAGAACAUUUUCUUGACAGACAGUGGAACUGUGAAGGUGGGGGAUUUUGGUUCAGCUUGUACUCUUAACAGUGCAAAAGCAUACGCUCAGACGUAUGUGGGUACUCCAUAUUAUGUGUCUCCAGAGAUAUGGGACAGCAAACCUUACAAUAAUAAAAGUGACGUCUGGUCUCUUGGCUGCGUCUUGUAUGAACUUUGCACCCUCCAGCACCCGUUUCAGGCUCGUAGCUGGAAGAGUCUGAUCUUGAAGGUGUGUCGAGGGACAUACGCACCUUUACCCAGUCACUUCCCCUAUGAGCUGCACUACCUCAUCAAACACAUGUUCAAGACUAACCCCAGAGACAGACCCUCAGUACACACAAUCCUCAGCUCUCACCGCGCUUCCCGGCUGCUGCAGAAACACCUGACGCCAGAGAAAAAGGAACUGGUGCAAGAACGAAGAAGCCAUUGGAGGAAAGAGGAAGGAGAGAAUGUAGCCAUGUUUUUAGGCCAGAAGAGUUUAGUGACCUCAUCUACCACUGAAGGAGCUUUGCAAGUUGGACAGUCCCUUAUGGAAAACAACAGCAGUGAUGACCCAGCUUCUCGAAAGAGGUGGGCAGUCGGAUCGUGUAAAACAGUGCUGGGGGUCCUGGGAAAUGCUGACAUUAUUUCCACUGGUAGCGUGGCAACUGCAGAACGGCCUGACCUCAUUUCAGAGGCCGAGAGCGUAGAGACCCAGCAGAGACAAGUGAGGAAACAAUGGGACAAAGAUCCACCAGAGAGACUUUUGAGUGUGCUGGAGAAAGCACAGCUCUGCUAUGGCUUUGAGACGUACACUAUACACAGAGAUGGUUUUUUAAGCCCAGAGCCUGGAGACAAAGUGGAUGGCCUUGAGGAGACAAUCACAGACUUCAGUAGACUGGAGCCGCGCUCAGAUGAUGAAGACACGGAUUUUGAAGAGGAGUGUCCCUGUGACUGGAUAAAUGAACUUGAGAAAAUGGUGGAUGAACACUAGCAGCUCAAGUGUGUUUUAGUACAUGUAAAUAAGUUUUAUUUGUAUUUGGAUUUUGAAUAUUUCUUAUCAUAAGCCAUGAAAAUGUAGCAUUAAAGUGAUUUCUAAUUCUAAAAGCCUGUUGCAAGUUUAUUCUUAAGACCGUUUUUCAUAUAUAUAAAUAAGACCCUUCACGUGUGAUCAAACGUGUUGAGUGAUGUCAUAGCAUGCUGUUUUUAUGACACAACAGGUCAACAUCUCAUUUGUAACCUGUAACAAUAAAGGUGUCCUUGGUAACACAUUUUUUGUUUAA